CAGGCAUUGAUUGAUCUAAAUGUGUGAUUUAUGAACUCCACCAUGCGUGCCCAAUGGUGCAUGAAAGCUUGGUCCUCAACCCAACAGGAGAACCGAUGAUUAUCUUUGCAAAAUCCAUUGGCAUUGCUGAUUCAAACUUGGCAGAGGUUAGAGCAGUGAAGGAAGCAAUGAUGAUAUUCGCGGUUUCAAGCUCGAAUGAUGAUCACAAACUUGCUAUUGAAAGUGAUUCGGGUAAUGUGGUGAAAUGGAUUCAGUCACCGGUUGAAGCGCCUUGGAGGAUGCGUAAAAGGUUGAUACAGAUUGAGAGGAUGAAAGAGAAGCUAGGAGAUUGGGAGAUUCAUCACAUCAAACGUGAGGCAAACCAGAGGACUGACAGUCUUGCAAAAGAGGGAGUUCAACUCCAAUCAGACAUGCUGCGGGUUUUUAAUUAAGUUGUGCUGUUUAAUGUCUGGAUCUUCCUCUGUUUCCUUGUGGGAUGCAGGACAAUACGACGCUGUUAGAUUUGUUAUGAGAAAUGGGAUGUUCUGCAUAGGGAGAAAUGAUUUGGUUUAUGGAUGUACGUUUUUCAGUUGGGGUCAGCUUUGUAAAUGGGUAGGAAUCACAGUUUCUUUUGGUCUCUUUCUCGUAUCUGUUCAGGACGAAAUCAAAGGACGAGAUAUGGAGAAGGUAUACUGAUCUGGAUGUGAGUAUACCAACCAGUACGUCGGUGCUAUGUAGAUAAGGAUGACAUUUGUCUUUGAGUAGAGGGGGAAAAAAGUUCUUCCCUCCUCGUUUAAUGAAAUUCCUCUUUAAUUUUCAAAAAAAAGAAAAAAGGAAAUAAAAAAAUAUUUACCAAAAACAAAAGUAAUAAAUGAUACGUACAAGGUAAAGAAUAACACUAAUAAAUCAAAAUAGGAAAUAAAUAAAAUUUUACCAAACAAAAAAGGAAAUAAAUCUUGGGGAAAUCAUCGUUAUCCUCUGACCAAUUACUCAGUCACGACAACCACACAUCUCCAUGUACCAUUUCGAAAUCCCUACUUCCCAGGAGUCCGCUUCACUAAAGAUGCCCUUUCAUUGCGCCGCUUGCAUCUGUUCACUGCCUCGCCUUGUCCUCUUUUCAUAUCCUUCUCAGCAUAUAUGAGGUCAUUGAAACACAGCCAAACCCAAUCAAUUGCACAACCCCCUUGUUGCUUUUCAAUUGCAAAAAUGUUGGUAUUGGUUUUCCUGAUAGCGAUU